AAGCCGCCCUCUCCCCCGUGGUAGUCGCAUCCAGAGAAUGAAGUUUGAAGAUUAUCAUCCCCCCCGCCCCUUUUUUCCCCCCAUUUUUCUUUUCCCUUUGCAACGGACUCGGUUCUACGCGGGAAGGUCCCUUGGAUCCCAUUGAAGCUACACUCUUAGAUUCCCUGUCCGUUUCUGAAAAUGGACUCCGUCAAAGGCAAAUAUGCCGUUGUAACGGGAGGUGGUUCAGGCAUUGGCCUGGCUUUCGUCCAACUCCUACUCUCAAAGGGGUGUUCCGUCCUCAUAGGCGACCUCAAGCUCCGCGACGAAGCAGCCGAACUGCUGACCCAAUACCCCCACCCGCCAACGAAAGACGACAGGCCCUCGGUCCUCUUCCAGGAGACGGACGUGGCGUCGUGGCCACAGCUCCACCGCCUCUGGGACCGCGGGCUCUCGACCUUCCCGCGCAUCGACAUCCUCUGCCCCGCCGCCGGCAUAUUCGAACCGGCGUGGAGCAACUUCUGGCAGCCGCCCAAGACGGCCACGAACCCGGACUCGCCCUCGCGCGACCGGCCGACGCCGAGCCGGGGACGUACGCCGUCUUCGACCCAGAGGGAGCAGAGGGAGCAGAGGGAGCAGGGGGAGCAGGGGGAGCAGGGGGAGGGGGGCGGCGGCCGCGGGUGCAUCGUCUUCGUGAGCAGCGUGGCGGGCCACACGACGGGGCUGGGGUCGCCGCUCUACUUCGCGAGCAAGAACGGGCUGACGGCGUUCGUGCGCAGCCUCGGCGACCUGCACGGGGCGCUCGGCAUCCGGUGCGCCGCGGUGGCGCCCGGGGCGGUCAUGACGCCGCUGUGGCUCGACGAUCCCGAGAAGGUGGCCUGGCUGGAGAAGGGGCCGGGCGUCUCGGCCAACUCGAGCAAUUUCUGCACCGCCGAGGAGAUUGCCGAGUCGAUGCUCCUUCUCUGCAGGGAGGGCGAGGGGGGCACGAUUCUGGAAGUCACGCGUGGUGGGAGCAGAGUCGUGCCGCAGUAUAACGCUGAGCCUCCUUCUUCGGUUGGCGUCAUGGUGUCGGGGUAUUCCGAGGCGAUCGCUGAGCUGCGGGCGUCGUUGAAGAAAGGGUUGAAGGUGUAG